AUGGCCGCUGUUCGCCUUCACCACAACCUCCUCGUUCUGUUCUUCUUCUCCUUCUUUUCCUUCUUCUUCUCUCUCUCUUCUUCAACCGAAACUGAAUCCCUCCUCCGUCUCAAGCAAUCCCUCACCAACACCGAUCGUACCCUCGCCUCGUGGAUCCCCAACGUCUCGCCUUGCUCCGGCACGUGGCUAGGCGUUGUAUGCUUCAACGGCAUCGUCACGGGCCUGCGUCUCUCCGACCUGGGCCUCUCGGGCCGAAUCGACGUCGACGCCCUGGCGGAGAUUCGCGGCCUCAGAACGCUCAGCUUUAUCAACAACUCCUUCACGGGCCCAAUCCCCGAGUUCAACAAACUGGGCUCCAUAAAGUCCCUCCUUUUAACGGAAAACAGCUUCUCCGGGCCCAUCCCAAAUGACUUCUUCUCCCCAAUGAACUCCCUCAAGAAACUCUGGCUCUCCGGUAACAACUUCUCCGGGAAAAUCCCCCAAUCGCUGAUCCAGCUCGACCUCCUCAAAGAGCUCCACCUCGAGUACAACUCCUUCUCCGGUGAAAUCCCCAGUUUCACCCAAGACCUAACAUCGCUGGACCUCUCCUUCAACAAACUUGAAGGCCCCAUUCCCGACAAUCUGGCGAGGUUCACCGUUGACUCUUUCGUCGGAAACACCGGUCUGUGCGGGAAGCCGGUGGAGAAGGCGUGCGAGGGCUCUGCCCAGUCGUACUCGGUGGCGAGCAAAGUGGGGCAGGAGGAGUACGGGAGUAGCUGGGCGAGGAAGGUGAUUGUGGUGAUGGUGGUGGUGCUGGUAGCGGCGUUGAUGUUUCUGUUCUUGACGCGGAGGCGGCGGAGCGAUUUCACGGCGGUGAGCAGGAGCAACAGCGCGGAGGAGAUGUUGGAGGUGCAGGUGCCGAGCGUGAGGGGUAGCACGGUGGAGAAGAGGGAGAACAAGAGGGGGGACAUAGUGAUGGUGAACGUGGAAAGGGGGGUGUUUGUGCUGCAGGACAUGAUGAAGGCUGCGGCGGAGGUGCUGGGGAACGGGGGUUUGGGGUCGGCGUACAAGGCGGCGAUGGCGAAUGGGUUAUGCGUUGUGGUGAAGAGGAUGAGGGAGAUGAAUAAGAUUGGGAAGGACGUGUUCGACGCCGAGAUGAGGCAGUUCGGAAGGAUACGACACCGUAACAUCAUGACGCCCCUCGCUUACCACUACCGUAGGGAGGAGAAGCUCUUCAUCACCGAGUACAUGCCCAAAGGUAGCUUGAUGUAUGUCUUGCAUGGUGAUAGAGGCCUAUCCCAUUCUGAACUGACUUGGCCAACCCGUUUGAAGAUUGUUAAGGGAAUUGCAAGAGGGUUGAACUUCCUUUACAAUGAAUUUUCCACCUACGACUUGCCCCAUGGAAACCUCAAGUCUUCAAAUGUUCUGCUAACUAAUGACUAUGAGCCUCUCUUGAGUGACUAUGCCUUUCAGCCACUGCUCAACCAUAGCGUUGCAGUGCAGGCAUUGUUUGCCUUCAAAACCCCAGACUAUGUGCAGAACCAGAAAGUUACACAGAAGACUGAUGUUUACUGCCUUGGAAUCCUCAUUCUUGAAGUCAUCACAGGCAAGUUCCCUGCCCAGUAUCACAGCAAUGGCAAGGGUGGGACUGAUGUUGUGCAAUGGGCUCACACUGCACUUUCUGAGGGAAGAGAAGCCGAGUUGAUCGAUGCAGAGUUGCCAACCGACACGAAUUCGCGCAAUCAGAUGCUGCAACUUCUCCGUAUUGGGGUUGCUUGCACCGAAAUCGACUCUGACCAGAGGCUAAAGAUGAAGGAAGCUACUAGAAGGAUAGAUGAGGUACAGGUUUAA